AUGUCAGCACCUUCGCUCGCGCCCAACUCAAUCACAUCCUUCUGGCGAACCGAGCCUCACCAUCUUGACAACCAUCGCUCCACCGAGUCUCUCCCAGCAGAAUGUGACAUUGUGAUCGUGGGCGCGGGGUAUGCCGGUGCAUCUGUAACGCAUCAUAUCCUAGAGCAAACGGAGAGUUCGAAUCGCCCGGCGAUCGUUAUCUUGGAAGGCCGGCAGGCCUGUUCAGGCGCGACGGGGAGAAAUGGCGGCCAUCUGAAGCCAGACCCGUACAAUCGCAUUGCAAGUCUAGCAACCGAGCAUGGAGUCGAUGCGGCGACUGAGGUGGCGGAGUUCGAGGCACGGCAUGUUGAUGCUAUACAGCGCUUGGUUGAGGAAGAAAAGAUCGACUGUGAGCUGACGGUGACCGACGCAAUUGACGUACAGCUUAGUGCAGGGCAUGCCCAGAGUCUCAAGGAUGGAUACGACCGGUUAGUCGCCAGUGGCUGCGAGCCUACGAAGAAGACACGGUACAUCGCGCCUGCAGAAGCAGAGAAGUUCUCAGGGAUGAAGGGGGCCGCUGCUUGCUUCACCUACAAAGCAGGGCACCUAUGGCCGUAUAAACUGGUCAUGCAUCUACUUGAAAAGGCUGUCCAGCGUGGAGUAAACCUGCAAACACACACGCCUGUCACUUCUAUCAUUGAAUCCCAUUCACCAUCGACCAAUCGCUACAUAGUCCACACUCCCAGAGGCACCGUCGCCGCAAAGAAAGUCAUAGUAGCAACCAACGGCUACACGUCCUCCAUCCUCCCCCAAUACAAAGACCGCAUCGUGCCUGUCAGAGGAACAUGCAGUCGGAUUAUUGUCCCUCCCCCUUUCAAUACUCCUAGCAGGCAAUUAACCAAGACGUACACCAUCCGACACAACAGCUGGAACUACGACUACCUGAUCCCCCGCAAGGACGGGAGCAUUGUUGUCGGCGGCGCGAGACCGGCAUUCAUCAAUAGCCCGGAUAAUUGGUACAAUGUCAGCGAUGAUAGUCGUGUCCUAGAGUCGGCGGUGCGGUAUUUUGAUAAUUACAUGCAGAGGCAUUUUGUGGGUUGGGAGGGGAGUCAUGCAUAUACAGACCGGGUGUGGACUGGGAUUAUGGGAUACUCUGCCGACGGCCUUCCACAUGUCGGACUGGUCCCUGGAAAGACAGAUCAAUGGGUCAUUGGCGGCUUCACCGGACACGGUAUGCCGCAGGUCUUUCUUGCGGCGGAGGGUCUGGCCAGGAUGGUUCUCCAGGGAAUCGGUUUUAGGCACAGUGGACUUCCACGGCUGUUCGAGACGACACAGGCAAGACUGGACUCGAAGGCAAAGCACAUAAUGAAGACUGUAUACGAGGAAAGGACCGUGUCACGGCUUUAG